CCCCGUCCGGCCGCCCCGGCCUCGGCUCCCGCGGGGAACACCAUGUACUGGCUGGCGGCGCAGGGAGGCCGGCGCCCGGCGGGGAUGUUGGGUUAACGGCAUGGAGAACAGCCACCCCCCCCACCACCAGCAGCCCCCGCCGCAGCCCGGCCCUUCGGGCGAGAGGAGGAACCACCAUUGGAGAAGUUACAAGUUGAUGAUUGACCCGGCGCUCAAGAAGGGGCACCACAAGCUGUACCGCUACGAUGGGCAGCACUUCAGCCUGGCGAUGUCCAGCAACCGCCCGGUGGAGAUCGUCGAGGAUCCCCGGGUCGUUGGGAUCUGGACCAAAAACAAGGAGUUGGAGCUGUCGGUGCCCAAAUUCAAGAUCGAUGAGUUCUACGUGGGCCCAGUGCCUCCCAAGCAGGUGACAUUUGCCAAGCUGAAUGACAACAUCCGGGAAAACUUCCUGCGGGACAUGUGCAAGAAGUAUGGGGAGGUGGAGGAGGUGGAAAUUCUGUACAACCCCAAGACCAAGAAGCACCUGGGCAUCGCCAAGGUGGUCUUUGCCACGGUCCGGGGGGCCAAGGAGGCCGUCCAGCACUUGCACAGCACUUCUGUCAUGGGCAACACCAUCCACGUGGAGUUGGACACCAAGGGUGAAACUCGCAUGCGCUUCUAUGAACUGCUGGUCACCGGCCGGUACACCCCCCAGACCCUUCCUGUGGGGGAGCUGGAUGCCGUCUCUCCAAUCGUGAAUGAGGCCCUGCAGCUGUCAGAUGCCCUGAAGCGCCUCAAAGAUGGCACUCUGUCUGCGGGCUGCGGCUCGGGCUCGUCCUCGGUCACCCCCACCAGCGGCGGGACGCCCUUCUCGCAGGACACGGCCUACUCCAGCUGCCGGCUGGACACGCCCAACUCGUACGGGCCGGGCACGCCGCUCACGCCGCGCCUGGGCACACCCUUCUCGCAGGACUCGAGCUACUCCAGCCGCCAGCCCACGCCCUCCUACCUCUUCGGCCCGGACCCCGCGGCCCCCUUCAAGGCCCGGCGCCACGACAGCAAGUUCACCGACGCCUACAACCGCCGCCACGAGCACCACUACGUCCACAACUCCUCGGCCGGGGCCGCGUUCCGGGGCGCGGCGGCCGACCUGCCCUUCGCGCCGCUGGGCGGCGGCUCGGGCCCCCCCGGGCCCCCCUUCAAGCCCCAGCCGCCGGACCCCGCCGCCUUCGCGCACACCCCGCCGCCGGCCCAGGCCGCCGCGGCGCCCGGGUUCAAGUCCGCCUUCUCCCCGUACCAGGCCGCGGCGCCCCCGUUCCCCCCACCCCCCGAGGAGCCCCACGACGGCUCGGACUUCCGCCGGGCGCCGGCGCCCCCGCCGCCGCCGCCCACCGAGCCUGCCGCCAAGGAGAGGCCGGGCACGCCGCCGGGCCCGCCGCCCCCGGACGCCGCCGACGGCAUGGAGCUGGGCGGCCGGGCCGCCUUCGGCUGGAGCCCCGAGCCCUGCGACAGCCCCGGCACGCCGGCCCCCGAGGCCUCGCCCGCGGGGCCCGAGCCGCCGCACGACAGCCUGGACUCGCGCAUCGAGAUGCUGCUGAAGGAGCAGCGCACCAAGCUGCCCUUCCUGCGCGAGCAGGACUCGGACGCCGAGCUGCAGAUGGAGGGCAGCCCCAUCUCCUCCUCCUCCUCCCAGCUCUCCCCGCUCGCCCCCUUCGGCAGCUCCCAGCCCGGCUUCCGCGGCCCCUCGCCGCCCUCCUCGCGCCCCUCCAGCACCGGCCUGGAAGACAUCAGCCCCACGCCGCUGCCCGACUCGGACGAGGACGAGGAGCCGGGUCUGGGCCUGGGCCCGCGGCCCCCGCCGGAGCCGGGGCCCCCGGACCCCGCCGCGCUCCUGGGCCAGGCCGACACGGCCCUGGACCUGGCUGCGGACGGGACCCCAGGCUCGGAGAAGAUGGAUGAGGGCCAGCCGUCCUCCGGCGAGGACAUGGAGAUCUCGGAUGAUGAGAUGCCCUCGGCUCCGAUCACCAGCGCCGACUGCCCCAAGCCCAUGGUGGUGACGCCAGGGGCAGCAGCUGUGGCGGCCCCUAACGUGCUGGCCCCGAAUUUGCCACUGCCUCCGCCACCUGGCUUCCCACCCCUGCCUCCGCCCCCCCCUCCGCCCCCACCACAGCCAGGCUUCCCCAUGCCUCCCCCUCUGCCCCCACCGCCACCCCCACCACCUCCAUCCCACCCUGCUGUGACAGUGCCCCCCCCACCCCUGCCAGCACCACCCGGCGUCCCACCCCCACCCAUCCUGCCGCCAUUGCCACCCUUCCCUCCAGGACUGUUUCCUGUGAUGCAAGUGGACAUGAGCCACGUGCUAGGCAGCCAGUGGGGUGGCAUGCCCAUGUCCUUCCAGAUGCAGACACAGAUGCUGAGCCGACUGAUGACCGGCCAGGGCGCUUGCCCGUAUCCACCCUUCAUGGCAGCGGCAGCGGCGGCCGCUUCGGCUGGGCUACAGUUUGUCAACUUGCCGCCCUACCGGGGCCCCUUCUCCCUGAACAACAGUGGCCCAGGCCGUGGGCAGCCCUGGCCACCCCUGCCCAAGUUUGACCCAUCAGUGCCACCGCCGGGAUAUGUACCACGGCAGGAGGACCCACACAAGGCCACAGUGGAUGGCGUCCUGCUGGUGGUGCUUAAGGAGCUCAAGGCCAUUAUGAAACGCGAUCUGAACCGCAAGAUGGUGGAGGUGGUGGCCUUCCGGGCCUUUGAUGAAUGGUGGGACAAGAAGGAGAGGAUGGCCAAGGCCUCGCUGACCCCCGUGAAGUCAGGAGAACACAAGGAUGAGGACCGGCCAAAGCCCAAGGACCGAAUUGCCUCCUGCCUGCUGGAGUCCUGGGGCAAGGGGGAGGGCCUGGGCUAUGAGGGCCUGGGCCUGGGCAUUGGGCUGCGAGGGGCCAUCCGCCUGCCCUCCUUCAAGGUCAAGAGGAAGGAGCCACCGGACGCAGCCUCCUCUGGUGACCAGAAACGCCUGCGGCCCUCCACAUCUGUGGAUGAGGAAGACGAAGAGUCGGAGCGGGAGCGGGAACGGGACAUGGCGGAUGCCCCCUGCGAGCUUGCCAAGCGGGACCCCAAGGGCGUGGGUGUGCGGCGGCGACCGGCGCGGCCGCUGGAGCUGGACAGCGGCGGGGAAGAGGACGAGAAGGAGUCCCUGUCUGUGUCUUCCUCCUCUUCGGCAUCCUCCUCCUCGGGGUCCUCCACCACGUCCCCCUCAUCCUCCGCCUCGGAGAAAGAUGAAGAGCAGGAAAGCACAGAGGAGGAAGAGGAUGGGGGUGAGGCUGACGAGGAGGAGGAGGAAGACCGCAGGAGUCAGAUCUCCUCCUCCUCCUCUACCUCCUCCACCUCCGAGAAGGAUGAAGAUGAAGAAGACAGUGAUGCGCGGGAAGAGUCUGAAAAUGAAGACCAGGACACAGCCCUGUCAGAAGCGGGCGAGAAGGGUGGAGGGGACUCGGACGGAGAGGAGACGGUGAGCGCAGGCAGCUCCAGGGCCACAGCCGACUCGUCCAGCGAGAGCUCCGAGGCUUCUGAGUUCGAGUCAAGCUCUAAUUCCGAGUCUGAGUCUUCGUCUUCAUCCUCGGAGGAUGAAGAUGAGUUGGCCAUGGUGAAAGAGGAGGAAGAGGAAGGGGAGGAGGAGGAGGAGGAGGAAGAAGAGGAGGCUGCUGCGGCGGUAAUGGCAGAGGAGAACAUGGCUCCUGCAGAGGCCAAGGAGCUCCAGCAGGAAACGGCCGAGGCGCCUCUGAGUGCGCCCGGGGCACCCGGGGCAGAGCCCGUGGCAGAGCCCGCGGACACGGAAGAGGAUCUGAGGGCUGAGGCUGAGGACGAAGCCCCCCGGGGCCAGACCCCCACCCCAGAAGAGCCCCCCGAACCCGUGCGUGCUGAGGAGCUUGGGGGCUGCCAAGAGCUCCCGGAAGAGCCAGGCCUAAGCCACGAAGAGGCCAUGUUGCUGUCUCCAGAGCCACCUCCUGCCAGAGAUAUAGAGGCUCAGGCCCCCUCUUCCCCGGAACAAAUUUCAGAGGACGCCCCGGCCGGUGAGCCGGAGCGCCCCCCGGUGCCGGCCCCGGCACCCCCGCCUCCGCUGCCGCCCCCCCAGCCGCCCCGGCCGCCCAGCCCGCCGCCUGAGCCCGAGAGCCCGCGGCCCCCGCCGCCCCCCGCCCCGCCGGAGCCCCCCGAGGACCCGCCCCCGCGCACGCCGGGCCUCUCCAAGUCGCAGAGCACGGAGACGGUGCCCGCCACGCCGGGCGCAGAGACGCUGUCGGGGGGCAGCGGCGGGCUGCCGCUCAGCUCCCCGCCGGUGCCCGGCAGCCCCUUCUCCUACCCGUCCCCGUCCCCCGGCCUGAGCGGCGGGGGCCUCCCGCGGACCCCGGGCCGGGACUUCAGCUUCCCGCCCGCCUUCCCCGAGCCCGGGGCGCCGCUGCUGCUGCCCGUGUGCCCGCUGCCCGCCGGCCGGCGCGAGGAGCGCGUGCGCCCGCUGGCCUCGCCGCUGGCCUCGCCGGUGCUCCUGGAGGCCGGGCUGCCGCUGCCGCUGCCCCUGCCGCUGCCGCUGCCCCUGGCGCUGCCCGUCCCCGUGCUGCGGGCGCCGGCCCGGGCGCCCCCCGCGCUGCCCCCGCUGCUGCCCGCGCCCCUGGCCCCCUGCCCGCCCCCCGUCAAGCGGAAGCCGGGCCGGCCCCGGCGCUCCCCGCCGUCCGUGCUCGCCCUGGACGGCGCCGCCCUGGGGCGCGACCUCCUGCUCCUGCCCGGCCAGCCGCAGACCCCGCUCUUCCCCGGCGCCGCCCGCGACCCCCGCGCGCUCACCCUGGACUUCCGGAACGCGGGGGUCCCCGCGCCGCCGCCGCCGCCGCCCCCACCGGCCGAGCCCCCCAAGCUGCCCUUCAAGGAGCUGGACAACCAGUGGCCGUCCGAGGCCAUCCCGCCCGGGCCGCGCGGCCGCGACGACGCCGGCGCCGAGGGGCUGCUGGACCCGGCCAAGGCGCGGGGCCCCUGGCGCCGGCCCCCGCGGAAGCGGCCCGAGGAGCCCGGCGUCCCCGCCGCCGCCGCCGCCUCGCCCCCCGAGCACUCCCCUCCGCCGCCCCCGUUCCGGCCGCGCUCCGAGUUCGAGGAGAUGACCAUCCUGUACGACAUCUGGAACGGCGGCAUCGACGAGGAGGACGUGCGCUUCCUGUGCGUCACCUACGAGCGGCUGCUGCAGCAGGACAACGGCAUGGACUGGCUCAACGACACGCUCUGGGUCUACCACCCCUCCACCAGCCUCUCUUCAGCCAAGAAGAAGAAGCGCGACGAUGGCAUCCGCGAGCACGUGACGGGCUGCGCGCGCAGCGAGGGCUUCUACACCAUCGACAAGAAGGACAAGCUCAGGUACCUCAACAGCAGCCGCGCCAGCACCGACGAGCCGCCCGCCGACACGCAGGGCAUGAGCAUCCCUGCGCAGCCGCACGCCUCCACCCGCGCGGGCUCCGAGCGCCGGUCGGAGCAGCGCCGCUUGCUGUCCUCCUUCACUGGCAGCUGUGACAGUGACCUGCUCAAGUUCAACCAGCUCAAGUUCCGGAAGAAAAAGCUCAAGUUCUGCAAGAGCCACAUUCACGACUGGGGCCUGUUUGCCAUGGAGCCCAUUGCAGCCGACGAGAUGGUCAUCGAGUACGUGGGCCAGAACAUCCGACAGGUGAUCGCGGACAUGCGGGAGAAGCGCUAUGAGGACGAGGGCAUUGGCAGCAGCUACAUGUUCCGGGUGGACCACGACACCAUCAUCGAUGCCACCAAGUGCGGCAACUUUGCGCGGUUCAUCAACCACAGCUGCAACCCCAACUGCUAUGCCAAGGUGAUCACAGUGGAGUCGCAGAAGAAGAUUGUGAUCUACUCCAAGCAGCACAUCAGCGUCAACGAGGAGAUCACCUACGACUACAAGUUCCCCAUCGAGGACGUCAAGAUUCCUUGCCUCUGUGGCUCUGAGAACUGCCGCGGGACCCUCAACUAGGAUCCCGGGUGCCAAACGCAAAGGAUGUCAGCUGCGCCCGCCUGGGGCUCCGGAGGACCCCUCUCCCCGGCCAGGCCCCACCUCCUGCCCAUUUCAGGUGCUGUCCCUUUUCCCAGCCGCCAUGCCAGGGCCUGGCACCCACACUACCCCAGGACCCGCCCGCAGCUCCAGCCCCGCAGUGGGAAAGGGCUUCUGUCUCUCCACCUGUGUCUCUUUCAGGACUUUUGUUUAACUUCAACACAAACUUUGUCUUCUUUGUGUGUAACUGUCUGUCCGUCUGUUUCCUCUCCUCAUCCACCUGUCUUCUCUCUGGACUGUCCUCUCCUCAGCCUACCCGUGAAUGCUGCUAUGUUCUUCUGUCUUCUCUUUCCUUUUCUUCCUUGUCCUAAGAAGAGACAUUUUAACCGCUGAAAUGUGAAGGCAGAAUGGGGGGGCAGGGCUGCAGGGGGUUCAAAGCUGCCGAGUGACCAUGGAUGUGUCAGCCCGGGGUCCAGGACCCUGUGCGGGGACACAGGGCGGGGCUGGCCGUGACCUCAGAACACUAUGUAUCCGAAAGGCCCCUCUCUGCCUGCGCGCUCAGUGAGGAGAGCUCCAGCCUUCCCCGGGGACCACAAUGCCGCCCUGCCAGGCUGACCCUGCGGCCAAGCUGUCCAACCCCCAAAUCCUGGGGUUCAAUGUUUACUUUCUCAUUCGGAUGCCAGCAAUGAGGGAGCCUCCUGAGGUCCCCAGCCUGGUGGGGCGCUGGGUAGGGUGUCUGCUCCCUGCUGUCCCCGCCCUCCUAGUGGGAGGGGCUUCGGGGCAGGCAGGUCCCCAGCCCCGCCUUUACGGGUUGUCUGACCGUUUGUUCGCAAGUGGCAUUUUUUGUUGUUGUUGUCAUUGAUGAUCUUCUCCUGCGCAGCACCCCCUCGGCCCCAGCACCCCGCCCCGGAGACCAGAGCAUAUUUAUUUCUAGAGUGAGCAGAUUUAUUUCUCCCAGAGAAAG